AGCUGACUUAGGAAUGUUCGUGUUACAAAACAUUGAACACGGAUGUUUGGCACUGUACACGAGUCGCAAUCUCGAACAGAGGAAAUCCCUACUAAUUUUUGACGUUUGUUAGGCUACUGCUACAGCUUGUGUAUCGUUAUCAGAAUAUGUCAUGCUAUGGAUCCCACAGUAGCGCCAAUGCAACACGAAACUGAGACAGAGCCAUACUCUGGGUGGGGCUGGUGGCCUUCCUGGCGUCCGACUUCCAUGUCCCUCCUGAAGAGCACAGAGGCCAAGAUCCUCUCCUGUAUACAGAAUGAAGUGUGGUCCAGGUUUGUCACGUUACCCAACCAGGACAGGAUCUGGACCCUCACGUUGACCAACAAGACCGCCCACAAACCUCUUGAGCAAGCCCCUAAGAAGACUCCUCUGGUGAUGGUCCAUGGGUUUGGCGGAGGAGUGGGUCUGUGGAUUCGUAACCUGGAUGCUCUGAGUCACUCUCGGCCCGUCUACGCCUUCGACCUCCUGGGGUUUGGCCGGAGCUCCCGACCCCCCUUCCCCACAGAUGCUGCCCUGGCCGAGGAGCAGUUUGUCAACUCCAUGGAGCGUUGGAGGGAGUCUGUAGGCCUGGAGAACAUGAUUUUAUUGGGACACAGUCUGGGGGGAUACCUGGCAACAUCUUACGCCAUCCAGCACCCUUCUAGGGUGAGUCACCUGAUCCUGGUGGACCCGUGGGGUUUCCCUGAACACCCACAGCCAGGGGUGGAGACCCCGGCGGGCCAGGGGCCAGAAGUUGUGAAGAGGCCGCCCCUGCCACGCUGGGUCAAGGCUGUGGCCUCAGUCGUCUCACUGUUCAACCCUCUGGCUGUCAUCAGAGCAGCAGGUCCAUGGGGUCCAGGGUUGGUAAAUAGAUUGCGUCCAGAUUUCAAGAGGAAAUUUGAGGACUUGUUUGAUGAUGACACCAUGACCGAGUACAUCUACCACUGUAAUGCUCAGACCCCUAGUGGGGAGGUAGGCUUCAGGGCCAUGUCAGAGUCCCUGGGCUGGGCCAAGAGGCCCAUGCUACAGCGGGUUCACCUGCUGCCCCCCUCCAUGCCUCUUACCAUGCUAUACGGUUCACGCUCCUGGGUGGACAGCGCCUCAGGGGACAACGUGGCCCAGAUUAGGGUCCAGACAGCCACACGCACUGUGAUGAUAGAAGAUGCGUCUCACCAUGUAUAUGCUGACCAACCAAUGGAGUUCAACAGAGUGGUCCAGAACAUAUGUAACGAUGUAGACUGAAAAAGCAUACAUGACUGACAAACCAAGAUGUCAUAAUGUGUGUCUUGGUCUGUACCUCGUUAGUGCCACAUAAUUGGCUCCAAUGUUGGUGGGAUAUUUUUAUAAGAUGGGCCUAUUCCACUACGUUCUGAUCAGCGGACACUAGUUGGCUAAGUGGUUAUGAUGUAUGCCAUUUAGCAGAUGCUUUUAUUCAAAGCGACUUAACAGUCAUCCGUGCAUACAUUUUACAUGUGGGUGGCCCAGGAGUCAAACCCACAAUCCUUCCAGUGCUCUAACAACUGAGCCAUUCAGGACCAAUUGGAACGCUUAGGGCCAGGAACUGACCAUGUGACCUGACCAGGAAAAGUCCUGGGCAGGUUACAUGGUCUGGUGAACUCCUGGUUCUGCUCCAAUGACUAAUGACUGUCAGGGAAACCAGACCCUGCACUGAAGUUCCCCUGUCCAGGUUGGGAUGAUAGACAAGGCCUUGACAAUGUAGUGCUUACUAUUCAAUCACUUAUUCAGUUGUAUUUUAUCAGUACUGUUCCUAUAAGUAUGGCAAGGAGUUUUUCCAUGUAGUCUGGGAAACAUCUAGGAUCUAGCUAUAUGUUAUACACAGUUAUCCAUGGUCAUUUAGUUCAUAUUGCAGCCUUCUGACUAAAGCGAAGUUCACAAUUCUGUUAUUUGAAUGAAUUAGUCAAUGCAAUAAGAGUUUGGAUGGAACACUCAAUGUUCAGGGUAUAUAGUUCUGUUUCUUUCUGUAACUAUGGUAAAUGCCACUGCAGCAUGCUUUUAUCAUGUGCCUGAGUUGGAAAGUAAAUAUGUGAUUGUAAUGUUCUCUGUGACCUCCACUAUCAAAAUACCUGUAUUUUAUACUACUACAUGGAUUCAAUAGAAAUGUAUAUGAUUAAAAUAAUGCUUAUCUUUGAUCUCGUCA